AUGGAGUGUCCCUUGACGUUAAACAUGAACCACAUGGCCAAGGUCUUCCAAAGCCCUCCCGGACAAUCUUUCCAACCAACUUACAACACCCAGCAGACCGUCAGCGAGUGCCGACACGGUUCUGACCUACACGCAAAUCAUCACCAUGCUCUUCCGGCCCAACGGCGAGGUAUGCUCCGAAGAACGACCGCAAAACAAAGUACAUGGGGGCCCGGCAGCUCUUUCGCAAGCUGGCCAAACGAGACCGACUGUUUGAGCUCUGACUUUGCCGAGGACGAUUGUUCCGCCGGUGCGUCGAGGACGCCGCAGCAAGACUUCCCCAUGCCGGCUCAUUGCGGGCCCUUCCGCCCCUGGUGCGAUGGCUUUAGGCCGGCCGGCCACACGUCCUAG